AAAGUCGAACGCCAGCGCUUGCCCUCCCUUUUAGCUUAUCUUUUCAUCUCCCGGCGAAGACGCAAGGCAUCGUCUGUAGCCGCCGCCACUCCUGCCAAAUCCCAUCUGUCCUUCAAUCACUUUGAGGGGAGAGAGAGAGAGAGGGCGGGGAAGAUGAAGACGACGUUGAAGGGCCGGUACGAGGCUAACAAGGGCGCCACCGCUGUCUCCACUCUUGCAGUCAAUGCUGGCGAUGUCCGCAUCAAGGCAUCCAUGACCGACGCCACCUUCAUCCGUGGCCCCUCCCUCAACGGCCUCGCACUCUCCGUCGAGAAGCCCGGCGCCUUCAUACUUGACUACCACCUGCCUGCCAACGAUGUGCGAUUCCAAUUCAUGAAUUCCGUCCGUUUGAUGGACAAGACGGUGAAUUUGACCUACAUCCACGCCCAGGGGAGUAAUCGGACGACUCUAGACGGGUCCGUUGCCUUCAAUCCCUCCGACAAGGUUAACGUGAGCUAUACCUUUGGUGAGCCGAGCGCCUGUAAGGUUAAGUACGUGUACGCGCACGGGGAAUUGGGCAGGACGGUGCUAGAGCCCUGCUAUGAUGUGUCUAAGAACACUUGGGACUUCGCCGUCACCAGGAAGUUCGAGGAGGGAGACUCGCUCAAGGCCACAUACCAUACCUCCACUAAUAAUCUUGACCUCGAGUGGUGCAGGGAUCCCAAGGACAGUGGCUCCUUCAAGGACUUGAGCACCGGGAAAACGAUUAACAGUGUUGAGUUUUGUGAAGGCCUUUACUUCUUUAAUGCCUAUCUAUCUUCAAGUCAUUUAGUUAGUCACAAAUGUCAGUUGAGUUCCGGUGAUAGUAGUCAAUCCAAUACAGAAAGUGAUUAUGAUGUGGCACUUUCGACUUGGUCAUCUCAAUUUUUCAUAUUUAAGGUACUUAUUUUCUUCACUCUUUAUUAAUAAAAAUCCGAGUUUGUUUAAGUGCAAUGUUUGUCAAAUUGCAAAACAUACUCAAAACAUUCACUCUCCCAACAAUAUAAGCCUACACAUCCUUUUUCUCUCAUCUAUGGUGACAUUUAGGGACCAUUUCGUACCCUAAGUCUCACAUGCUCAAGGUGGUUCCUACUAUUGAUUGAUGAUCACACUAGAUUAUGUUAGACAUUCCUAAUGAAAGACAAAUCAGAAGCAAGCACAUCUUCCAAAACUUCCAUGUCAUGGUUAAAAACCAAUUCAAAAGUGAUAUUCAAAUACUCAAGACCGACAAUGCCAAAGAGUUUUUCAAUUCUGAUCUUGGCUUAUAUUUCAAAUCUCAUGAAAUUGUCCAACAAAGCUCGUGUUGACACACCGCAACAAAAUGGUGUGGUUGAACGGAAAAAUCACCACAUUCUUGAGGUGGCUCAAUCCCUACUAUUUCAAGCUAAUGCCUCAACCACUUUUUGGGGAGAAGCAAUCCUCACUACUACAUACCACUCAUAAAUUGCCUGAUCUCUGGAGGUUUUAAACACCGCACUCCAUUGCAGACAUUUCAAAAAUUAUUUCCCCAGUCUCGCCUUAUCUCCGACUCUCCUCAAACUCUUCGGCUGUAUCGCUUUUGUGCAUAUUCACUCUUAGUACCGAGGGAAGUUUGAUGCUCGGGCUCGUAAAUGUAUCUUUCUUGGUUACUCUUCUAACCAAAAAGGAUACAAAUGUUAUUCACUAGUCACCAAAAAGUUUUACAACACUAUGGAUGUUACAUUCUUUGAGACUAUCCCUUACUACUCUAAUACUACAAUUCAAGGGGAGAACAAUACUUGUGAAUUGCAGUAUUGGGAGUGGACAUCCCUUUUGGACAACAUUGUUUGUUCAUCAUCAUUUGAGUCUUUUGUUCUGCCUUCCUCAAAAUAUGGUGAUCCACCAUCUCCAAAUCAUGAUAGUCACCCUCCUUAUUCUCCUACUCGGCGUAUGAAAGAAGGAAACAUCAAUACUGCCAAGAGAAUUCCCCAAGCCAAGUUGAACCUGAAUCAUAACAAGAGACAACAAAUUCUAGUCCACCGUCAGAUUUUACAUUAAAUCUACCAAUUGCACACAGAAAAGGUGUAGAUCGUGCACUCAACACCCUCUUCAGUCUUCACAGUUGCAUUUCAUACAUAAAGCUAUCACCAUCAUUUCAUGCAGUUGUGACCGCUUUAAGCAUCAGUAUCUAACUCUGUGGAUGAAGCUCUUAAUAUUCCUGAAUUGAAGAAGGCAACUCUCGAGGAAUAUAAUGCACUAGAAAAGAAUUGCACGUGGGUGAUAACAAAGCUAAGAAAAUUGUGGGGUGUAAGUUUUUGUUCUCAUUUAACUUGAUGCAAAUGGGAGCAUAGACUAGUACAAAGCACACCUAUUGGUGAAAGGAUAUACUCAACUAUAUGAAAUUGAUUAUUAGGAGACCUUUGCGCCAAUGGCUAAAUUCAACAUAGUUCGUGCUCUAUUGUCCAUUGCUACCAACCUUGAGUGACCAUUAUAUCAACUUUGAGACGAGCGAUACAAAAGGAAAAUAUGCAAACUUAGAAAGGCAUUGUAUGGGCUGAAACAGUCCAAGAGCAUGGUUUGAUAGAUUUACAAAAGUCUUAAAAAUAAUGGAUACUCUAUUUUAAUGACAUCGUCCAAUCAAGAAGUUGACAAAAUUAGAAGACUCAAGUCUUUCAUGUCCAAAGAAUUCGAGAUCAAAAACUUGGAGCGUUUAAAGUAUUUUUUGGGAAUGAAAAUGACACGAAGUAACAAAGGCAUAUUUGUUUCCCAACACAAAUAAGUACUUGAUUUGUUGUGUGAUACUUGUAUGAGUGGGUGCAAGCCGGCUGAAACUCCCAUGGAUCCCAAUAUUAGGCUUAUGCCUAAAACCGAUGAAUUAGCAGCUGACAAGGGACAAUACCAACGAUUAGUAGGUAAGCUAAUCUACCUAACUUAUACACGUCCGGACAUAAGUUUUCCAGUGAGUCGAGUGAGUCAGUUUCUAAUUAAUCCAUCUAUGGAUCACAUGGAGGUAGUGAAUCGUAUAUUGAGAUACCUAAAGAAAGAUUUAGGGAAAGGUCUUAUGUUCAGCAAAUCAGGUAGUAGAUCUUUAGAAGUAUAUACUGACGUUGAUUGGGCAUGGUCUCCAAAUGAUAGAAGGUCUAUAUCAGGAUAUUGCUCUUUCAUCUGGGAAAACCUAUUAACAUGGCGAAGCGAGAAGCAAACUGUGGUCACUAGAAGUAGUGCAGAAGCUGAGUUUAGAGCACUAGUCUUAGGUAUUCAUGAGGGGAUACAGCUAAAGUGGCAACUAAACGAUUUCAAAGUUGAGACAUCAGACCCUACUCAAAUCUCCAGUCAACUAUCGCAAUUGCCAAGAAUCUUGUCCAUCGUGAUUGAUCCGGUGGUAAGGACGGAGGACCCUCGUUGGCGGAAGGUCAACGACACGUGGAGGUCAAAGGUCAAGAGAUUCAACCUUGAGACCCGACCGACCGGACUAGGAGGACCGACCGGCCGGGAAUCCCCCGAGCCGAAUGAAAGACAACCCGACUAGGGGUCGAGUUUCCGAUGCUCAAGGUAAAAAGGUUUCAGGGCCGAGCGGGAUGUCCGUUCGGCCGGGGCACAAGGCAACAAAGGCAGG